AUGGGUAAAGGUAAACCAAGAGGUCUUAACUCUGCUAGAAAAUUAAGAGUUCACCGUCGUAACAACAGAUGGGCUGAUCAAUCCUAUAAGGCUAGAUUAUUAGGAACUGCUUUCAAGUCCUCUCCAUUUGGUGGUUCUUCCCACGCCAAGGGUAUUGUGUUGGAAAAGAUUGGUAUUGAAUCCAAGCAACCAAACUCCGCUAUUAGAAAGUGUGUCAGAGUUCAAUUAAUCAAGAACGGUAAGAAGGUUACUGCUUUCGUUCCAAAUGAUGGUUGUUUAAACUUUGUUGACGAAAACGACGAAGUCUUAUUGGCCGGUUUCGGUAGAAGAGGUAAGGCUAAGGGUGAUAUUCCAGGGGUUAGAUUCAAGGUUGUCAAGGUCUCUGGUGUCUCCUUGUUAGCUUUAUGGAAGGAAAAGAAGGAAAAGCCAAGAUCAUAG